AUAUCAGGUAUGAUAUUGUUAUUGACUUCUUUUAUUAACCUUUCCAUGGUUUUUAUGGUAGUGACCUUUGAAUUCUAAUGCUAUAUUGAAUUUUCGUGCGAAAAACCUGUAAAUCACCCUUGUCCCCAGUGCCUUUGCGUGGCUUGUACGAAACUGUUUUUGUAAACAUAGUUUUGUUAAUAAUUGAGUGAGAACGGAGAAGAACACAAAAAAAUUCAAUAUUAUUUUUUCUAACCUUUUAAGUUAUUUCGAUAAAGGAAAAGGUAGGUAAAUUUCGAAUCCUUUUCAAGUGCUUUUUCGAACGCACAUUUUAAAUUUACAUUGAAACUUUUAACGCGUGUUUUUAUGUUCAGGAGACUGAAAAGAGAAAAUUUCAGGAAUGGUUGGAAGUUGAAAGGACUAAACGGAAUUCCGUAAUAAUGCCCGAACAGACUUAUAAAACAAUGGUAGAUUUGAAAGAAUAGAUGUGAAAGAAUAGACAACGUUCCACGUGCUAUGAAAAGAAAAUUGCGAAGAAAAAAAUUCCAAGUGAUGAGUUAUCCUACACUUGGUUUAUCGGGUGUUUUGUGCUCUCCAUUUCCCGAUGUCAGAACAUUUUUAUAUAUAUCUAAUUUUGGAAAAACUAAAGUCACAAUUAUUUUUUUUAUAAACAUUUCUACUUUUAAGAAAUUUUGUUUCAGGCUCGGCAUGUUCAUAUGGUGUUCUCAAUUUUUGGAUAGCUUCGGUCUAGAUGUUCUUAUGAGCUUAAGUUCUUAAGCUUAAGGUUUAUAAAAUUGCCAACUCAAAUAAUUUUACGGUAUUUUAGGGCGAUUCUCCUCUGGGAAAAUAUCGUCGCGUAGCAACAGACCGACAGAUGUUUGACAUUAUCAAUAGAGUACACCGCCAAGAAGUUGGUCACCAAGGGGUUCAUAAAACGUUUCAAAAGGUAUUAGAUUCUUCGAACAAACCUCGUUUGAAAGUAAGAGUCCAAGGAAUAUGGGUGUGUCACUGAUUCUUAAUUGCUAACAAUUUUAGAUAGCACGCACCUAUGAUAACGUUACUAGAGACGCUGUUGGUGCUUAUAUAAAGCUUUGCACAAAACGGUGCUUAUGAAGCUGCUAAACUUCAUACUGCUAUUUAUCGAAGAAUAGGACCAACCAACCAAUGCUUGUCAUUUUUUUGCGCAGAAUACGAAUGUAUGAUAAAAAACUUCGUUGCGCCAUUCAUGGAACAUAUUGUGGAGUCAGCUUGCAACAGUCCGCAUUGUAGCAUGAAACAAUCGAGAGCCUGCUUCGACACAUUUCCUUCGGCAACGGUGAAAAGUUCCUUUGUCCAUGAUGUCCAAAAGUGGUUUCUUGAAGCAACAACGUCAGUUUGUGGAAAGAAAGUAAAUCAGAACAUAUCUGACGAAUUUUCUUUCGUCGACGAAAACAUAACAACAGGGUAUAGUACGCCAAUAUGUUCGUAUUCGAUGUUAAAAGUUAUUAAUUUUUUAAUUAUGUUGUUUCCAUAGGAUAAAGAACAGAUCUUGUAAUGGAAACAGAAUAUACAAGGCCCGAUUUUUUAAAAAGCUUCCUCAACUAUUAGUUGUUGAUGUUGCAGGCGAUAUUGACCCAAUAGACAUGGCUACCAUUCCCGAACAAUUACACAUUCGGUUUUCCACAAAUCAAGGAAAUAGGUAUUAUCGAGGCCAAAAAAUAUCUUAAGUUCGGUUUGGAUGUUUUUUAACUUUGAAAGAGGCCUUUUGAACAUUUAUAGAAUGAGACCUAUAUUGAUAUAUCGCUGUCUUGUCUGGUGUCAUUUUAAAUGCUCCAAAUUGGCUGUAAAACCCUUAGGGGACUGGUUUUGCGAUCUAUGUUUACAUAUUGCAAAAAAAGGUCAGUAAAGCUUCCCUGAGUUGCUACACAAAAUUGUAUAAUUAACAUGUACUAUGAGUUUUCUUUUUUUAACUUAUAUUCCAGAUUUCCAGCAGCAUCAACAACAAAGAGAAGCAGAGAAAGAAGUGGAAGACGAAGAAGAAAGGGAGAGGCAAUGGAGGAGAGAGUUUUUGCCAUUAUUAUACAAAAACGGUACCCUGGACUACCUGGUACAACAAUCGAAGCUGCCUGAAGUAAAUUCACUACUUCUGAUUAAACGUUCUGGUAGCAAGUAUCAAGCAUUUUAUAACGAAAUACUGGCGAAAAAACAUCCUCAAUUUUAUCAAAAACUGAUGCGUCAUUCGAACAUUGCAGAGCCAACUGGAGUCAUCACCAAUUACAUUCGGAUGAAGUACCCUUGCGAAUUCGAUAUAGGGAGAUUAUCGUUAAACCGCAUUCAGUUUUUGUUGGUGGAAAUUAUUGAUAGAGUAAAUAAAAAAAAGCGAUGUAAAGACCAUAAAUGAUAAUAUAUAGUAGUCUUCAUCUGUUUCUUGGUGUUUUAAGUUGUACGAAGUUGGUAUGGUUAAAAAAAUUCAAGUUAAGUAGAAGAAGUGAAGUAGGCCCAACCUCGUACACAGUUAUUUAAGUUGUACGAAGUUGGUAUGGUUAAAAAAAAAUUCAACUUAAGUAGAAGAAGUGACGUUGGCCCAAUCUCGUACACAGUUAUUUAAGUUGUACGAAGUUG